CGGCGCCUGGGGCGGCAAUGACCACGGAGCGCACCCCUCGGGCCCAGCCCUGACUCCCGCCGCCCGCGCGCCUGCCCGCCCGCCGAGCUCCCGCUGAGGUCUGGACAGGCCGAGAUGACGCCGAGUCCCGCGUUGCUGCCGCUGCCGCUGCUGCUGCUGCUGCUGGGGGCCCUCCCACUGGCUGCCGCCGCCCGAGGCCCUCCAAGGAUGGCAGACAAGGUGGUCCCAAGGCAGGUAGCCCGGCUGGGCCGCACCGUACGUCUGCAGUGCCCAGUGGAAGGGGACCCGCCACCGCUGACCAUGUGGACCAAGGAUGGCCGCACAAUCCACAGUGGCUGGAGCCGCUUCCGCGUACUACCCCAGGGCCUGCGAGUGAAGGAAGUGGAGGCCGAGGAUGCUGGCAUCUACGUGUGCAAGGCCACCAAUGGCUUUGGCAGCCUCAGUGUCAACUACACCCUCAUCGUGAUGGAUGACAUCAGCCCAGGGAAGGAGAGCCUGGGACCUGAUGGCUUCUCCGGGGGCCAAGAGGACCCAGCCAGCCAGCAGUGGGCACGGCCUCGCUUCACACAGCCCUCCAAGAUGAGGCGCCGGGUGAUUGCACGGCCAGUGGGCAGCUCUGUGCGGCUAAAGUGUGUGGCCAGUGGGCAUCCGCGGCCCGACAUCACGUGGAUGAAGGACGACCAGGCCUUGACACGCCCAGAGGCCAGUGAGCACAGGAAGAAGAAGUGGACGCUGAGCCUGAAGAACCUGCGGCCCGAGGACAGCGGCAAGUACACGUGCCGCGUGUCAAACCGGGCGGGCGCCAUCAAUGCCACCUACAAGGUGGACGUGAUCCAGAGGACCCGCUCCAAGCCUGUGCUCACGGGCACGCACCCCGUGAACACCACAGUGGAUUUUGGGGGGACAACGUCCUUCCAGUGCAAGGUGCGCAGCGACGUGAAGCCCGUGAUCCAGUGGCUGAAGCGGGUGGAGUACGGCGCCGAGGGCCGCCACAACUCCACCAUCGACGUGGGCGGCCAGAAGUUUGUGGUGCUGCCCACAGGUGACGUGUGGUCGCGGCCGGACGGCUCCUACCUCAACAAGCUCCUCAUCACACGGGCCCGCCAGGACGACGCCGGCAUGUACAUCUGCCUGGGCGCCAACACCAUGGGCUACAGCUUCCGCAGCGCCUUCCUCACCGUGCUGCCAGACCCGAAGCCACCAGGGCCACCGGUGGCCCCCUCAUCCUCCACCACCAGCCUCCCAUGGCCUGUGGUCAUCGGUAUCCCGGCCGGCGCCGUCUUCAUCCUGGGCACCGUGCUCCUGUGGCUCUGCCAGGCCAAGAAGAAGCCGUGUACCCCUGCACCUGCCCCUUCCAUGCCCGGGCACCGCCCGCCUGGGACGGCCCGUGACCGCGGUGGGGACAAGGACUUGCCUGCAUCAGCUGCCCUCAACCCUGGCCCUGGCGUGGGGUUGUGUGAGGAACUCGGGCCCCCGGCAGCCCCCCAGCUCCUGCUGGGCCCAGGCCCAGUUGCUGGCCCCAAGCUGUACCCCAAACUCUACACGGACAUCCACACGCACACACACACGCACUCACAUACGCAUUCACACGUGGAGGGCAAAGUGCACCAGCACCAGCACAUCCACUACCAGUGCUAGACGGCAGCGUGUGCGGAGCGCCGGGGCGCUGGGGCCGAGGGCAGACAGGAGGUGGCUUGGAGGGGGCAGGGGGCAGAGCGCAAAGAGGACGGUGGACCCACCACGGCAGGUGUGGCCAGCACCCUGCAGUGCCCUGUGUGAGGCACACAAAGCCCUGGACAUGUGCGUGCACACAGACAUGUUGCCCAGACACACAUGUACGCACACACAGACAUGUUGCCCGGACACACACGCACAUACAUACAUGUUUGGACACAGGUAUGCACGCACAUACACAUAUUGCCUGGACACAUGCACAUACACGUUGCCCAGACACACAAACAAGCAUACACAGACGUGUUGCCUGGACACACGCACACACAGGGGCAGCCGCCUUCAGGAAGCUGUGUGCUGUGUGACUUGCACUGUGCAUGUGGUGAUGGGCUCGUUGAUGAAGGAACUUCUCCAGCCCCGUGAGGGGGAUUUCACGAUGGCCAUGGUCAUUUCCCCACCCCUUCCCGCCUGUGUCCCUGCCUGGUCUAGGUGGUUAUUUCUGCCGCCUGCCCUGGUGCCCAGGGGUCCACUGGUGCCCUGGGCCCAGGCAAGGGCAGAGCAGGGCGGCAGGCAGCUCCCUGCUCCUCCCCACCUGUCUCCCGCUGCCAGGGAAGGGGCCUUGAUAUUUAUAUUUAAGGAAUUAAGAGAAUAUUAAUAAUGAUGGGCGGAGGGCUGGGUCGCGGGGACUUUGUCCUCUCCUGAGGCCCAGGACCAGUCUGGCCUUGUAGCCAUGCCGCAUGUCCCCACCCCUUGGGGCCAGGCACCCACCACCCACUGCCCGUGGUGGCCACAGACCUCUGUAAUUUUAUAUAGAGUUUGAGCUGAAGCCUCGUAUAUUUAAUUUAUUUUGUUAAACAUGAAAGUGUGCUUCCUUCCCUCUA